AGGAGCCGCACCCCGCCCCGCCCCGCGCGGCUGUACCAUCGCCGGCCCGCCGCGGGCGCGCACGGAGCGGGGACCCGGAGUCGGGAGCAGGGAGCCGGGCGGGCGCGCGGACAGGCCCGGCGGGCAGGACUGUAAAUACCGGUGCAUUUAUAAUCCUGGCGAGGACAUUCAAUGAGAAACGGCUCUUCCUGGUCUUCCUGUGCUGAGGACAUCAGUGAAAACCACAGGUUUUGGCUAUCCAGAUGGAGGCAGACCUGUGAAGAAACAACAGGUGUCAGGUGGGGGCAGGACCUUCUCGGCCGAGAAAACACCUGACCAAGGGUGGACCUGGAGGGAAUAGGGAGCUGUCCAGCUUUCCCAACACCACUUGCUGAAGAGACUGUCUUUUCUACAUUGUGUAUUCUUGCCUCCUUUGUCAAAGAUUAAUUGACGGAUUCUACCAUAGCUGCCGUUCUGCAUCUUCAGAUUCAACCAACUGCAGUCAUAUAGUACUGCAGUGUUUACUGUUGGAAAGAAAAAAUCCACCUAUAAGUGGACCUGCAUAGUUUAAACCAAACCCAUGUUCCAAAGUCAGCUGCAGAAAUGUGGACCAGAAGGAUACUCAUCGAAGGGAAGUGUUUAUUUCCGAGGAAGAAAACAAAGGGGCGCUCGCUCAAGGAGAGGCUUGUUACUUUGGGCACAGACCUCUUCAGUGCUGGAGAGAGGAGCCUGACAACCUCUCUUGCUCUCUUAAGGUGUGGUGCUUAAUGCACAAAGGCGACCAGUAUCGAUUGUUAGGCCUAUCUCCAUUUUCCUGGUGGACAAAACUGAAUCUGAUAUCUGGUUUUCUGAGGUCAGGCUGCCAAGCCAGGGAAUGUCUUCUUGAGGCUGCAGGGACCUGAGCCUGAUCUGCCGUGUAGUCGUCUGCCUGGUUGGGCUGUCAGCUCCCAGCCCAGAGGCCCUCUGCUUUGCAGCCAGACUUCCCACCUUGCAUCUGAUGGGUGUCCUUGAGUGACGGUGGCAGGGAGUGAAAGAAGAGGAGAAAAAGAAAAUUAAGAAAGGUAUAUGAGUUUUGGACUUUGCCACUGCCAGGGUCAGAAUGCUGCUCCUCUGUCCUGCCCUUGCUGUAGCUGUGGUCCACACCUUUAUCUUCACAGAAAACCGGGCAUUUGCCAAGAACAUCAACUUCUAUAACGUGCGACCUCCUCUUGACCCGACACCAUUUCCAAACAGCUUCAAGUGUUUUACCUGUGAAAAUGCAGGGGAUAAUUAUAACUGCAAUCGAUGGGCAGAAGACAAAUGGUGCCCACAAAAUACACAGUACUGUUUGACAGUACAUCACUUUACCAAUCAUGGAAGAAGUACAUCCAUCACCAAAAAGUGUGCCUCCAGAAGUGAAUGUCAUUUUGUUGGCUGCCACCAUAGUCGAGAUUCUGAACACACGGAGUGUAGGUCUUGCUGUGAAGGGAUGAUCUGCAAUGUAGACUUACCCACCAACCACACUAAUGCGGUCUUCGCUGUGAUGCAUGCUCAGAGGACGUCUGGCAGUGGUGCCUUGGCGCCCUACCUACCAGUGCUGGCCUGGGCCUUCGUGCUGCCGUUGAUAUGAUGCCACCAUUCAAAGGCAGAGACCAGCCCUUUGAAGCACAAGCUAACAACUGUAUAAACAGUGAACUUUGGAGUGAAAACCAAUCUUGCACUUGGUGAAGAACGUGCAUUGGACCCCAAAGCAGAAGCCAGUUGUUUGCUUAGCUAUAAUGCUUCUGCAUGAGGCCACUGAGGAAGGGGACUUGUCAGGGACUGAGGGAUUAUGUGAAUUUUAGGUUUCGUGAUCAGAGGGGGUCAUUUUAUCGCUCUACAAGGAGGGUCUUGCCAGCAUCUACUACAGGCAGGUUCAGUAGCCUGUAUUGUCCCCGCCUGACCAAGCCUUUAACAGAACGGACUCCUUGACCUGAUCGACUCCUUCAGGGGCUGCUGGAUCAGACCCUCUCGUUUCUGUGAGUAGCUCAGAGCAUCUCUAUGAAAUCUAACCCUUCCCCAAUGAGAAAGCAAUUUCCCAGCCAACAGUGUAAUCAAUGAGAAAGGCAACUAUAUGAAGAAAACUUGCAGUUGAACUAAUAUGAAACCCAUUUGCUAGCUGUGGGGGGAAAUAAAGCUUUUAAAUUAUACAAUGUAAAAUGUAUGCUUAUG